AUGAAAAAUUUCACACUUUCAACUUCCAUCAGCAGAGACGAAGAAAAACAAGAACUCUUUUAUGUGACCACAUCACAACCCUCUUCCAACAACUCUAACACUCCCUCAUUGACCUCUCCACAGGAUGAAUGGUCCGAACAAGGCAAUUCAAUGAUGGACCAACUCACAAACACCAUCACCAUCACCACCACCAAACAGUCAAAUCCAUCACACGCUCACAGGUCGAGAGGAGUGGCCUUCUUCCAUCCUCGAUCUCAUACCAUUUCUGGCCAGAAUCACGAGAAUACAAUAGAAAGUAGUAGUAUCAACAAGCCUUCUUCUUCUUCUUCACCAUCAUCAUCAUCAACAACAACAGCAAGUAAACCUGUCCCAAUUAGUAGUCAAAACUCUUCGGUCGUCGUUGCUUGUUCCAAUACAUCCUCCUCUUCCUCCUCCUCUUCCGCUUCAACAACAAUGACAUCCUCAACGUUGAACUCUACCAUGAUGAUGGAUGAUCCAGCUGGAUCAACAUCAUCGCCCUCUUCCUGUCCCUCUCCAUCCCCGAUGAUGAUCCAAAGUUCUUCUUUCCCAUUGUUGGCUACGACGAAUCCUUCCUUGUUAUCAUCAUCGGUUGUUUCAUCAUCAUCUUUUGAAACUAUUAGCAACAACAACAACAACUCUUCACAUCAGUUGCAGCAACAAUCACCCAACAACCAUCACACACCCAAAAAGAAGAAACUCUUUGGAGGAAUACUCAUGAAAUUGAGGGGUGAUUCAGGCAACAACAACAACAACAACAACGGAAAUGGUGGUGAUAAAUCUUCUCCUACGUCGUUGUUGAAUGAAAAGGAGGAUUCCAACAACAACAAGAAUGGUGGUGAAGAUUGGUCUUCAAAAGACCUUUCAAGUGUUAUCGUGUUGGAACGUCCUCAAGUUAUUUCUGUUGGAAAAUCGAAUGAUGAUUUUAGAAAAAAGCUUCAAGAUCGAAAGAGGAAUGCAGGGACACGAGUGGUGAAGAAGGAUGAUCAACUUGUUUUUGAAAAGGAAUGA